UGUUACAUCCUAAUAGUCCCCCACAGUCUUGUUCGAGAACGCACGCACAGUGGCACACAUCGGCAAAAGUAGUUGUUAUUUUCGAUCACCUUAUUGCAUUUCCAGGUGUCUGGUGUGACUGCAGUGGAGAGAUAUGCAAAAACAAAUGUCUGGGAGGAAUGGUCUUCCUCUCCACUCUCUGCGCCUCAUGGUCCCACCACUGCGGCUGGUCUCAGCUGCCAUCUGGCAGACGGUCCAGCAGAGACACGUGAUGGAUUAUGGGAUGCUGGAUGAGUUUGUUACCAUGGUCACAGAGAUGGUUCCAGAGCUUCUGAAUCACAGCCAGAGGGCCCAACUUAUUCUGGGUCUUCGAGCGCGGCUGGUCCUAGAGUUGUGUCGCUCCAAGCCGAUCACAGACCUCCAGACCAUUCAGCCACACCUGGACAGGAUACAGACCCUCACACCUCUCUGGGGGACACUGGCGACUGAUGCAGAGGUUGGAUUAUCUGAAUCCAACUUUCUGGGGCUGGUUCAAACCCUUCUGAAAGACCCUGAUGAGAGGAAUCAUUUCUUCCAGGAUGUUUUUCCUGUAGAAUUUGGUCCCAGUUAUGACGCAGCCAUACAGAAUCUCAUGUGGCAAUUUCUUUCGAGACUUGAGAAGCUACUUCCUGUAUCAAACUUCCAACAGGCUGCCUUGUUGCUCAGCGAUGUUGCCUCUGUUCUGGAGGAAUGUGUUGAGUCUGUGUCUCACCCUCAGCAGAUGAAUAUCCUGCUUCAGUACCACAGAGACCUUGGCCCGCUGGACAACCAUGACCCUCCAUCUUCCACCGAUGGGGACUGCAUUCUCUCAGCUCUCUGUCUUCCUCCUGUGGAACGGGUGGUGAUUGCAACGGAGGUGGAGAAAGAAGGAACAAGUCCCUCUCUUCCUCUCCCCUCUCUGCGCCUCAUGGUUCCACCACUGCGGCUGGUCUCAGCAGCCAUUUGGCGAACGGUCCAGCAGAGACACGUGAUGGAUUAUGGGAUGCUGGAAGAGUUUGUUACCAUGGUCACAGAGAUGGUUCCAGAGCUUCUGAAUCACAGUCAGAGGGCCCAACUUAUUCUGGGUCUUCGAGCACGGCUGGUCCUAGAGUUGUGUCACUCCAAGCCGAUCACAGACCUCCAGACCAUUCAGCCACACCUGGACAGGAUACAGACCUUCACACCUCUCUGGGGGACACAGACUGAUGAUGGAGAUUUAUCAGACUCCAACUUUCUGGGUCUGAUUCAAACCUUGCUAAAAGACCCAGAUGAGAUGGAACACUUCUUUCAGGUCAGUGUGGCUGUGCGUAUACUAGUACAGAAGUGCAGUCUCACAGUCCAGCUUAUUCAGUGGUCACUGUAGGAGAAAAAUUAGACACAUGGAUAACUUAUAAAGACAUAAGACAGCUGAACAGUAAAAUAACAGACCACAUGAAGAGAAGAGACACAUAGUCUGCUGAUUCCAUUAAGUGCAUACUGACCAGACAGAUAGGUGCCUAAAGAAAUUGGACACUAGACACAUAGUCUGCUGAUUCUUUAAAGAGAUACACCUGUCAGAGAAAUAUGUGUUUAGGGCACUUAGACCCACUAGACGUAUAGUCUGACCAUUCCAUUACGUACAUACAUGUCAGACACCUAGGCGCCUGAAGCAAUUGGAUACACUGGGAUAGAGGGUCCGGCAACCAUUAUAAACUAAUUGAAAGCAGAUGGUGGUGAAUGACUUCAUAGGAGGAUGGGCAUAAGACUAUGUGGAUAUAAAAUGUUGGAGCGGGGUUGGGAAGCGGGGUGUGUUCCGCGGACAUUCCAGAUGGCUAUACAAUUGUAAUAAAAGCAUGUUUUGAUUUCACAAGUUCUGAAAAGCGUUAUAUUUGAACAGAUUUUCCACGACAUCACCAAAUUUUUCUGCGUUAAGAUCACUUUCUGAGUCAAAAUGCAAGCCGAGAUCUACUGCUCGGAUUUUUAUGUAUUUUUAAUGACUUUAAAAAAGUAAGCCUAUGCAACAACCUCUUUGGGCUAGGGGGCAGUAUUUUAACGUCUGGAUGAAAAGUGUGCCCAAAGUAAACUGCCUGCUACACAGGCCCAGAAGCUGGGGUAUGCAUAUUAUUAGUAGAUUUGGAUAGAAAACACUCUGAAGUUUCUUAAACUGUUUGAAUAAUGUCUGUGAGUAUAACAGAACUGAUUUGGCAGGCGAAAUCCCGAGCACAAUCCAUCCAGGGUAAAACAUUUGAGGUCAAUGUGUUUUCCAUUAGGUUUCUAUGGGAAACCCUUUUUAAUAGGAAUCGGGGUUGGAGUUCCUAUGGCUUCCACUAGAUGUCAACAGUCUUUAGAAUUUGGUUGAUGUUCUUCCUUUGAGAAAUGAAGAAGUAGUCCUGUUCUUUCCAUGUGUCACUCAGAUGGACUCCAGUCUUUUGUUGCGCGUGACCUGGAACGAGCUUCAUGUUGUUUUUAUCCAGAAUGAUGUCUGUGAGUAAAACAGAACUCAUAUGGCAGGCAAAAACCUGAGAAAAAAUCCAAACAGGAAGUGGGAAAUCUGAGGUUUGUAGUUUUUCAACUCUUUGCCUAUCCAAGAUAGGAAGUGCAAUCAGACCAAAUUUACACUAAGGCUUCCACUAGAUGUCAACAGUCUUUAGAACCUUGUUUGAUGGUUCUACUGUGAAGGAGGGGGGAAUGGGAGCUGAAUGAGUCAGAGGUCUGCCAGAGUGGCAUGAGCUGAUCACGUGGGCUCACGUGAGAGUUAGCUGCAUUCCAUCGCAUUUCUACAGACAAAGGAAUUCUCUGGUUGAAACAUUAUUGAAAAUUCAUGUUAAAAACAUACUAAAGAUUGAUUCUAUACUUCGUUUGACAUGUUUCUACGAACUGUAAUAUGACUUUUCGUCUAAACUUUCGCAUGGACUUUCCGCGCCUCAUGAGUUUGGAUUGUGUACUAAACGCGCAAACAAAAAGGAGGUAUUUGGACAUAAAUGAUGGACUUUAUCGAACAAAUCAAACAUUUAUUGUGGAACUGGGAUUCCUGGGAGUGCAUUCUGAUGAAGAUCAUCAAAGGUAAGUGAAUAUUUAUCUAUUUCUGACUUCUGUUGACACCACAAAAUGGCGGAUAUCUGUAUGGCUUGUUUUGUUCUCUGAGCGCUGUACUCAGAUUUAUUGGAUGGUGUGCUUUUUCGGUAAAGCUUUUUUGAAAUCUGACAGCGGUUGCAUUAAGGAGAAGUGGAUCUAAAAUUCCAUGCAUAACACUUGUAUCUUUUAGCAAUGUUUAUUAUGAGUAUUUCUGUAAAUUGAUGUGGCUCUCUGCAAAAUCACUGGAUGUUUUGGAACUACUGAACAUAACGCGCUAAUGUAAACAGAGAUUUUUGGAUAUAAAUAUGAACUUUAUCGAACAAAACAUACAUGUAUUGUGUAACAUGAAGUCCUAUGAGUGUCAUCGGAUGAAUAUCAUCAAAGGUUAGUGAUUAAUUUUAUCUCUAUUUCUGCUUUUUGUGACUCCUCUCUUUGGCUGGAAAAAUGGAUGUGUUUUUCUGUGACUAGGUACUGCCCUAACAUAAUCGUUUGGUGUGCUUUCGUCGUAAAGCCUUUUUGAAAUCGGACACUGUGGCUGGAUUUACAACAAGUUUAUCUUUAAAAUGAUGUAAAAUACUUGUAUGUUUGAGGAAUUUUAAUUGUGGGAUUUCUGUUUUGAAUUUGGCGCCCUGCAAUUUCACUGGCUGUUGUUGAGGUGGGACGCUAGCGUCCCGAAUAUCCCAGAGAGGUUAACUAACCUCCAGACGAGCUUCAAUGCCAUACAACACUCCUUCCGUGGCCUCCAACUGCUCUUAAAUGCAAGUAAAACUAAAUGCACACUCUACAACUGGUCGCUGCCCGCACCUGCCCGCCCGUCCAGCAUCAGUACUCUGGACGGUUCUGACUUAGAAUAUGUGGACAACUACAAAUACCUAGGUGUCUGGUUAGACUGUAAACUCAGACUCACAUUAAGCAUCUCCCAUCCAAAAUUAAAUCUAGAAUCGGCUUCCUAUUUUGCAACAAAGCAUCCUUCACUCAUGCUGCCAAACAUACCCCCGUAAAACUGACCACCCUACCGAUCCUCGACUUCGGCGAUGUCAUUUAGAAAAUAGCCUCCAACACUCUACUCAACCAAUUGGAUGCAGUCUAUCACAGUGCCAUCCGUUUUGUCACCAAAGCCCCAUAUACUACCCACCCCUUUGACCUGUACACUCUCGUUGGCUGGCCCUCGCUUCAUACUCAUCGCCAAACCCACUGGCUCCAGGUCAUCUACAAGUCUCUGCUAGGUAAAGCCCUGCCUUAUCUCAGCUCACUGGUCACCAUAGCAGCACUCACCCAUAGCACGCGCUCCAGAUGAUAUAUCUCACUAGUCACCCCCAAAGCCAAUUUCUCCUUUGGCCGCCUUUCCUUCCAGUUCUCUGCUGCCAAUGACUGGAACGAACUGCAAAAAUCACUCAAGCUGGAGACUCAUAUCUCCCUCACUAGCUUUAAGCACCAGUUGUCAGAGCAGCUCACAGAUCACUGCACCUGUACAUAGCCCAUCUGCAAAUAGCCCAUCUAACUACCUCAUCCCCAUACUGUAUAUAUUUAUUUCUUGCUCCUUUGCACCCCAGUAUCUCUACUUGCACAUUCAUCUUCUGCACAUUAAUCACUCCAGUGUCUAAUUGGUAUAUUGUAAUUACUUCGCUACCAUGGCCUAUUUAUUGCCUUACCUCCCUUAUCUUACCUCAUUUGCACACACUGUAUAUAGAUUUUCUUCAACUGUAUUAUUGACUGUAUGUUUUGUUUAUUCCAUGUGUAACUCUGUGUUGUUGUAUGUGUCGAACUGCUUUGCUUUAUUCUUGGCCAGGUCGCAGUUUAAAUGAGAACUGGUUCUCAACUAGCCUACCUGGUUAAAUAAAGGUGAAAAAAAGAUAUAAUUAAAACUUUGCUGUGCUUUCGAGGAUUUUUUUCAAUGUAUGGUGCGAGGAAACUGUGCAGACACGUUGAUCUGAGCUUUCUGAUUGGCCAGCGGUAGGCCUAUAGGUGCACUUGAUUUGCUGUCUGGGCCUGUCAGGUAUGCAGAGUUCUACCUUCAGACACAUGAAAUGGUUCAAAAAGGGAACACUUUACCUUCCCGGGAGUAGGGCUGCUGAAUCAAGUGCACCUGCCAUCAACAACUCAAGGCUUUAUCGUUGUUUUUGUUUUUUACAGAAAUGUUUGGUGAUCGACUAAGAAUGCCAGUCGCUAUCGACCGGUUGGUGAACAUUGAUCUUAUUUAUAAACAAUGCUGACCAAUGUUGACCUUUUUCCAAGGUCUGCUUUUAUUCUGCUUCCAAGGUCUCCUUUUAUUCUGUUUACGGCUGUAUGCUUCCAUGUGAGUUGCAGAUUACACUUUUUCUUAUACCAAAUGUGUUUUCUUUUAUACUAAUUUCUUAUUCUCUAUUAGGAUGUUUUUCCUGUGGAAUUUGGUCCUAAGUAUGAUGCCGCAAUAGAGAAACUCAUGUGUCAGUUUCUUUCAAGACUUGAGAAGCUACUUCCAGUAUCAAAUUUUCAACAGGCUGCAUUCCUGCUCAGUGAUGUCCCCUCUGUUCUGGAGGAAUGUGUUGAGUCCAUGUCUCACCCUCAGCAGCUGAAAACCCUGCUUCAGUACCACAGAGAUCUCGGCCAGCUGGACAACCAUGAUACUCUGUCUUCCACCGACGGGGACUGCAUUCUCUCUGCUCUCUGUCUCCCUCCUGUAGAAAGGGUGAUUGCAACAGAACAGACAGAAUCAGAAACACCAGUGUCAUCCUUGAAUGUCUUCAUGGAUACAUUCAGCAAAGAGUUGGAGGUGGACUCUGCAACACUGACAGAGUACACAGAGAUGGAACCGGGGACAAGUAUGGAUGUAGUAGAAAGAGAGGAGAGGGUGGAAUGUGAGAGAAACAACAAACUAUCUAUAGAGUUUGCUGACCCUGUGGACCAUGAGGACAUGGAGGUUCAUGCCGGUAAUGAAGAAGAGAAGGUUGUGGGGAUUGGACCAGUAAAAGAUGAGACGGAAGAUAUUGUUGAAGAGGUGGACUCAAGGUACGAAACCGUGAUGGUUAUUGGGGCAGAUGGGGUGGCGCAGACUUAUGAAGAUUUAAGUGUCAAAAGGAAGAGAUCUUUCAGAAAGCCUAAAAUAAAGACACAAAGCCAGUGGAAGUCAUGGAGAACAAGUUACAAGCAUAGACGUGUCUGAUGCGAUCAUAUCCUCCAUGCUUCACAAGCCUUUAGUGAAGCUACAAAGGAUUGACUCUACUAACCUGAUGUUGCCCUGUAGACCAGUUAGACAAAACAGCUGAAAACAUUGCUAGCACGAGAAUGUAAACAAACCGAAACAGAAUUGACUGAAGAAAAAACAUUAGAGCGGUGCAGACAUGAAGCGGCACCAGAAAAUCCACACACGCCCAUUUCAGUGUCUCCAGUGUAGGAAGCGCUUCCAGUGCCAUUUUGAUCUGACGAGACAUCAGCAAAAUAUGUGUAAAGUAGUUGUGUCAAAACCUAAAGGUAAAACACCAAAGCAGCUCAAAGGAAAUGACAAAAGACCUGAAAUGUUGAAUAAGUGUCAUAAGAGUUACAAGGACCCGCAGAGCUUGGAGAAACCAAGACUAAAAUGUGAAAAAAACUCUAAGAAAAGGCGUAGCAGAUCUCCAGCUAGUAAUGAGAAGGACUCUGAGAUGUCCAGUGAAACAGUCCAGAACCCUGAGGGAGGGGACACAGAGCUGGCCAGUGGAACUCCUCUUGAGGCAACACCUGAGGACAGUGACUCGUCCUCUACCAGUACACCCAUCUUACACCCAUCUUACAUCUUACACCCAUCUUACACCCAUCUUACACCUAUCUUACACCCAUCUUACACCCAUCUUACGAACCUCUAGCCAGACUGAAAAACGCAACCAGUCAAAAGUGUGCUGCAUUUGUAAAAAACUUUUGCCAAAAUCUUACAACAUGCAAGUUCACAUGAGAUCCCACUCAGAUCUGCACCCUCACAAAUGUCCUCAUUGUGGGCAGAUGUUCAAAAACAUCAAUGAUAUGAGAAAGCACAAUGUAAAGAUAGUGUGCAAGGUGCUGCGAGCUGAGUCUGAAGAGGCCCAAGUACAUGCACUCACCCACAGCCCUCUCCACUGCACUGAGUGCAGUAGGAUGUUUGCAGACCCAGAAAAGCUAGACAGGCAUAAGCUGGUGCACAACCCCUUGAAAUGCACCAUGUGUGAAAACAGCUUCAAUGGUGUCAAGCCCAUCAAGAAACACUAUCUGGAUGUCCGUAAAUUCAGCGGGCCAUUCCUCACAUCACUGAACCUGAAAUGGUCCAUCCACACAGACAGUGUUGGGAACAAGGCACAACAGCACCUCUUUAACCUCAGGAGGCUGAAAAAGUUUAGCCUGGCCCCGUAGACCCUCACAAACUUUCUACAGAUGCACCAUUGAGAGCAUCUUGAUUGGCUGUAGAUUGGUUCUCCAGAUUGUGGUUCAGUCAGCCCAACACAUCACUGGGGGCACACUGCCUGCUCUCCAGGAUAUCUACAGCACCCGGUGUCAGAGGAAGAUCAUCAAGGACCUCAGCCACCCGAGCCACGGCCUGUUCACCCCCCUACCAUCUACAACAGGAUUUCCCAAUCCUCGGGACCUCAAGGGUUGCACGUUUUGGUUUUUGCCCUAGCACUACACAGCUGAUUUCAAAUAAUCAACAAAUAAUC